UUCCCCUCUCGCCUGUCUGCUGCUUCAGUAUCAGUCUCGUCUCUCCGGUGAACAGACACUCACUCACUCCAGGGAGGUUGGAUUACAACAGGGAUCACUGAAUUAUUAGUCUUGCAGACAGAUACACCAGCUCUCUCUCUCAUCGAGGAGAUACACACACUAUCCCAGGAUCAACAUGGGGAGUAGUAUGUCAUGCGUUCCCCAGCACAACUUCAGGUUCUCCAGCAAGAGUUUCAUACGGAGGAACAGCAGCCGUUUGUUCCGGAAAAAGUACCCACAGGAGGGACAGGAGAAGUCCAAUAGCAUCAUCAACAUUCUCUGCACCGUCACCCCAAGAAAGGAAAUGUCCCCCAAAGAUCUCCAGACAAUUGAGAACAUCAAAUGGGACCCUCCGUUCCCCUACGACCCAGCUAGUGGAUGGAAGAAGAGCAGCAUUAAUGUGAAGAACUAUGGCAGAAUGAUCCACAGCUCCAAAGUCCGCUUCCGCUUCCUGCACUGCCAGGAUGUGCAUGACUGCUACCUGGACCUGUUCCAAACCCAUCUCCAUUUUGUCUCCAACAAUACAACUGGACUCACAUACCAGGGAACACUUCCUCUUAAAGAGCUCACGAUUUGCAAGGUGCAGAACAGGAACAGCUUUGGUGAUCUGCAGGAAUUUGCAUUCCAGAUAAACGGGGUCAGCCUGAACCCUAUCAUCGUGUACUGCUCGACAGAGGAGGAGAUGAACAACUGGUUUGGGCUUUUGAAAGAACAAAUUGAGGCCAAUGGCGGCAAUGCAAUCGAACCGGAGGAAUAUACAAGAAUUAAGGUACAGUGCUCAGAAGAAACCACAGUGGGAAAGGAGGAGUUGAGGAACUCCAUCAGUAAAGAGCCUAUCUAUGAGUGGGAGGGCUCGCAACGAGAGAGUCUAGGGCCCAUCACUUACGUCACGAAAGUCAGGCUGCAACACAUGCCAUGUCAGGAGCAGUAUGACCGUCUGCUGGUGCUGUACCCCAACUAUCUCAUAAUUCUGUCAGAAGAGAGUGAUGGCCUCUUUUACAAGGGCAAACUUCCUCUCAACAUGAUCACAGUUACAACUCCCUGCCAGGACAUCAAGCCUAACACGUUUAUGAUCGAGGGGAAGCUGAUAAACCCCAUCAUCGUGUCCUGUCUGAACAAGAGUGCGUUCCAUGACUGGAUCCAGUUUUUUAAAAGUGCUGACGUCCCCAUCCUCAGCCCUCCUCCCCCUGUGUAUGACAUCAUUUACACUCCAACACAGAAACAGGCUCUGGAGUUUGACAGGUGGAGCAGCAGCAGCCACGGAGUUACUGACCCAUUAAGGCAGUCUCAGGACAAACGCAGAUCCCAUGAGCUCCAGCUGCCUAGUGCCGAUGACAACCUUGUGUCCCCCGGUUACGCUGAGCCUCUCUGCUUCCUUUCCAGCAGGCCGACCUCCUCAGACACACAGUACUCGGCUCACCUGGGCAGCAGGAGCAGCAGCUUCUCCUCUCGUGUCAGACCCACCACGGACCACCACCCCAUUUCUCUCCACUACUCCUCCCCGCCACAGUCAUCCUAUCUCGCCUCUGAAGGGCCCAUGUCACCAGUUUACAACAUGCCAUACAGUUCUGUGCACUGCAACGGCCCUGUUCAACGAAUCGAGAAGGCACCACUAGUCAAGUCAAACAGCUGGAGCACGCCACAGACAAAUGUCAAACACCAGUUCUUAGUUCCUCACCGCCACUCGGAUUUGGUCUCCCACCGCAAACCUCUCUCGCCCCUUUAUGACGACCCCAGCACCCCCAGUAUGUACCCUCUGGAGGAGAGCUCUGCACAUGCGUCGCACUCUUCUCGGGGCUCCAUAGAGCAGUCGUACCCUCCUCUCCUACCUCCCUCCUUCCGGCUGUGCACUCCUCCUCUUGGGCGGAAAAACAGACAUGGCCAGGCCCAGGAGCCCGAGGUGGUCAGCAGCCAGUGGUCUGAUGAGCUGCGAGCCCAGGCCGUUUCCAGACUGAAGAUACUGCCUGCUCCAAACAGACAGCCACAACACAACCACAUCUCUCAGAGAGGUUUCUCAGGUCACACUGUCAUGGAGGCGCAGCAGAUAUCUUUUGGUUACUCACCAGAUGACUCUUACCUUCAACCAGUGGAGCCAGAUGACCAGGAAAUGGACUAUGAUAACAUAUGGGAGUUUGAUCCGGAUAAUAGGAUGAUUCAGGCCCUGCCUGGAACUUCACCACACCGGACACAGGCUUACUUUGGAGCUCAUGGCCUGGGCGCUAUGACAACACAGCAGAGAUGGUCAUAAAAGAGAACAAUGAGCUUAUGCCCGUCCGGACUUGCACACAUAGCAGACUAAUCAAAGCCACACAUGCACAAUGGGCAUGUCUUUACCAGGGGCCGGCAUGCCCGAGUAUCAGGAUAUUCACAGUUUGUUUAUUCAAUGACUCUAUGACACAUUUUGCACAUGUAAUAUCCUUUAAUUCUGUGGUGAUGGUUUCACACUGCUGCAUGUAUUCGGUACGAACAAGUGUGAUGCAUUUAUGUACAUAUGAAUAUAAGGAAAGUACUCCAUUUUUUCAAAGGUAGCAUUUGGGAGUUUUUUCAUUUAGUUUAGUUUGUGGUCUUUGUUUGUAUAUGGAUAUUUUUAAAUACAUACCAAAUGUAAAUAUAUUCUUUUUUCUAUUUAAGUGUUAAAUGUAAGGUUUUUUAUUAUUAUUAUUGAUUAUUAUUAUUGUAAUAUUUAUAUUUCUUUCAUUACGGCUUUCUACUAUCUGUUCAAACGUUCUAUUUGUUCUGUGUAGGUCAAAGGUAUUCGUUCAAAGAAAAAGUUUUGUACUGUUUUUACUGUUUAUGACAAAUAAACAGUGAUAAAACACAUCUGUAACACUGCUUUAGCUGUCCACUUUAAAUAUGAACCUGUGGAUUAUUUUUUUACAUUUUUGAGUGAUUUAAAAUGUAUUUUUAAAAUAAAACAAGUUCUCUGAA